CCGGAUUUGCGUUCUACAGCUCUCUGUUUCUCUCCCUCGUUCAGAAAUAGCGAAGAGGGGUUUCUGUAUAGGGUUCUUACAAACCGCUGUUCGGCGCGCGAGAUCCAGGUUUUGAAUUGGAUUCUUGUGAAGCAUUUCGAUUAGGGUUUUAUUUUCUCAAUUGGAAAGUUAGUAAAUGUUCUCAUUGCUGCAUUUAUUUUCGUCCACUGAUUCAAUCUAGUGUUCUCGUUUCCGGGGGUUCUGGAUUCUCUCCUGUAUGCUACAUCUGAUUCUUCAAAUUGAUUCAAUUAUUUAUUUCCUCCUUGUGAGAGUUCUGUUUUCGAUUAUAGUCGGAGGGACGGAGGGUCAGAGUUUUCUUUCGUGGAACGUGAAGAGGGAGUGUUUCCUUUAGGGUUCAUAGUUCAUAUUUUAUGGCGCAAAGAGUUAAAGGACUUGAAAGUGUUAUUCAGGAUUUAAGCCUUCAUUCUUUCAAUUGAAUCCAAUCCUGUGCUCUUCGUCUGGCCUAUCCAAGGAAUUUGUGUCACAGAGUUAAGAAAUUGUGAAUAUUGGCACUACUACUUCUGGAGAACCCAGGACAUUGUUACCUCUGUGAAAUAAUAGAUGUCAGUUUAGUAUUGAAUAGCAAUUAUUGAGUUGGACCAAGUAACUACAGGUACUGGUUAAGUACGGAUCUUUACCUAGUUCGUGGAAGGAUUUGAGAGAAAUGGCUGUUGUAGGACCUUUGAUCCAAGCUCUCUAGGGCACCUGCCUUAAGAUAUUGGCAUGAAUUCGUAUAUGUUGGGAUAUUGUUAUGUUAAUAUUGAUUUAUUGGACAAAACUUAUUGCCAAUGUUGAUAUGUGCAGUUACUGGAAGUUAAUCUUAUGGCACCUUCAAUUCCCAUAGAGUUUACUGGUCAAAAGGAAUCAAAGAACUAUUUGCUUCCAGAGAUGGGUAAAUCACGCAAGUAUUCUAAGGGACAUUCCUCUGGUUUUGUUCCUGAUAACAGGCAUGCUGUUGAGACAAUGGCUGAAUCAGAGGGACUGGGGAGCUCCGGACAUAUUGACACUGAGAUGACUGCAUCCGAGGAUUCUUUUGCUCUCAAAAGGAAAUGCAUUAGUUUGAAUUCAGAUGGGCAUGAGAAUUUCGGUGUCCCCUUGCAAGUUUUGUCAUUAUCAAAGAUGUCACGAUUUGAGAGAAAGGAUUUGCAAUUGAGCUUGAAAAUGGAACUUGAAAAAAUACGAGUCCUGCAGAGUAGAGUUGUUUCUUAUAAUUCAAAUACUGCUGUACUCUCGGCCUCAAGUGAUAUUCGGAGUUGCAGUGAUGGACAAAAGAGGCCUUCGUUAGAAAAUGCUCAUAGGCCAAGUGAGAUAUUGGUCCCACAUGGAAAAAAUUGUGCACCCCCUAGUCGUAAUGGGGCUCAUGUAAAGAAGAGUACCUCUGGACGUUUUGAGUCAGUUAAGCCUGCUGUAGGAGUGAAUAAUUCAAAUGCAGUGUUGAUGAAGCAAUGUGAGAGCUUACUUAAUCGUUUGAUGUCACAUCAAUUUGGUUGGGUUUUCAAUACCCCAGUUGAUGUGGUCACAUUAAACAUUCCAGAUUAUUUCAAUAUCAUUAAGCAUCCGAUGGACUUGGGCACAAUCAAGAGCAAGAUCAGUGCAGGUGAAUAUUCAAGUCCUUUGGGUUUUGCUGACGAUGUGCGGCUUACUUUCUCUAAUGCCAUGACGUACAAUCCUUCUGGAAACGAUGUCCACAUUAUGGCUGACACACUCCGUAAACAAUUUGAAAUGAGAUGGAAAGCUAUAGAGAAGAAACUUCCAUCAGCUACUGAUGUGCCCUCAGUUCCUUCGCGGGCAUAUGUUCAUAUGGAAAAUGAAACCAUGAAAGGAAUUCUACCCUCAAAAAAGAAGAAAGACAGACCAACUGACAAUGAGGUCAGGGCUGAGCCUGUUGGUCGGAUUAUGACUGAUGAGGCGAAGCACAAUCUGAGCAUAGAGUUGGAGGCUCUGUUGUCAGAACUACCUGAAAGCAUCAUUGUCUUUCUAAAGGAGCAUAGUUUUAAUGAAUGCCAGAAUGAUGAGGACGAAAUCGAGAUUGAUCUUGAUGCUCUCAAUGAUGAUACAUUGUUUACAUUACGGAAGCUUUUAAAUGACCAUUUGUUGGAGAAGCGGAAAUCAGAGGCAAAAGCCGAACCAUGUCAAGUGGAGCUUGUCCAUGAGUCUGGAAUGGGCAAUACAUUGAGGCAACCAUUCAAAGAGGAAGAUGUAGAUAUUGUUGGUGGGGAUGACGCUCCCAUGUCAAACUAUCCUUCCGUAGAGAUAGAGAAAGAUGGACCCAGUAGGAACAUUAAACGCAGUAGCCCAAGUAGCUCCAAUAGUGAAUCAGAUUCUUCAUCUAGUGAUUCGGAUUCUGGCAGUUCACCAGAUAGCAAAUCGGAUAUAGCCAAGAAUACGAUUCCUGUUAUUGCGAGUAAUGAAAAGGAGAACAUGACAACUACAGCAGAUCUGGAGCAAAGCAGAAGUAAUGCUGUUGACGCAGAAGAUGGAAGUAGUAAACCUGUGAAUGGAUUGGGUGAAGUUGAUGUGCAUUCCCAAGAGAAACCAGUUACUGCUGUGCCAUAUAGCCUCCAAGAGGGGGAUAGUCCUCCAUCUGAGAGACGAGUCUCCCCCGAAAAGCUCUAUCGUGCAGCAUUAUUGAGGAACCGUUUUGCUGACGUAAUACUUAAGGCACGAGAAAAGGCACUUGAAAAGGGGGAUAAGCAGGAUCCUGAGAAAUUGCAGAUUGAGAGAGAAGAACUUGAGCGGCGGCAAAAAGAAGAAAAAGCUAGACUUCAAGCUGAGGCCCGGGCAGCUGAAGAGGCUCAAAGGAAAGCUGAAGUGGAAGCUGCAGCUGAAGCCAAAAGGAAGAGGGAAAUGGAGAGAGAAGCGGCACGCCAGGCUCUGCAGAAGAUGGAAAAGACCGUGGAUAUCAAUGAAAACAGUCAGUUCAUGGAAGAUCUAGAAAUGCUCAGGGCUUCACAUGGAGAGGAUUUAACAAGUUUCAUUGAUGAGAUGAGCCCGGAGCUUUCUCAAAACGAGUUUGGCAGUUUCAAACUUCAAGGCAGUAACCCCUUGGAGCAACUUGGAUUAUACAUGAAGGAUGAAGAGGAAGAGGAGGAAGUGGUUGAACCACCCCCAAGCCUUCCUCGUUCUGUGAAUGAUGUAGAGGAUGGAGAAAUUGAUUGAUUGGCGUUUUGCCAGUUUGAACAUCAGUUAAGGAGUACGAGCGGAGCGGAAAUGGUGAUACAUUGUUUCCUUGGUUUUCAGCUCCUGAGUCACAAUGCUAAUGUCUCCCAAGUGAUGAAGCGUGUGCAUCCCAUAUGCUGAUCAAAAUAUGUUGUGAUGCAUUGUUGAUUAUAUUCUGAAGUUGUUUCUAUAUUUAAAGCUAGUUUUCUAUAUUUAAAAGAACAUUUGGUUACAAAGCAUGAGACCACUUGAAUGGAUC